UGGCUGCAUUUCACCGGCAUCGGCAUCACAAAGAGUGACACCGAGGCAUUCGCCUACUGGCAACUGGUCCACGACAAGUCGACUGACGCCAUCAUGAAACCCAUUGCCACGUUCAUGAUGGGCUGGUGUUGCUACCUCGGCCGCGGAACUCGCCGUGAUGAGAUAAAGGCGAACCAAUGGCUUAUCGAGAGUCGCACACCCGAUUUUGAACUCGGAGAGUACUCAGUUCGACUCACCACCCUGAUCGCGUCAUCGAAACCAGCGGCAGUUCGACUAUUUGAACUCUGUCAAUUUGGAUCGCAGCACGAUUGGCUUUGCAAGCAUUUGGUUGCACGAUUCAUGGUCGGUGGCUUUGGAACAGUCGAUGACCGCCAAGCCGCCGCGUGUCUGUUUCAAGAGCUCGCCGAUCAAGGACAUGCAAUGAGCCAGUGCCUUCUCGCGAAAUGUUAUGCCGAGGGAUAUGGUGUCGACCGGGACGAUACCAAGGCACUAGAGUGGUUCACCAAAUCGGCCGAGAAAGGCAACUCCUGUGGUCAAAACGCAGUUGGCGUCGGCUGCUCCAACGGCCAAGGAGUCACCCGAGACUAUGACAGGGCUGUGGAGUGGUACACCAAGUCGGCCAAUCAGGGGAAUGUAGAUGCGCAGAACAACCUCGGCGUCUGCUACUACAAAGGCAACGGUGUCGCCCAGGACUUUUCCAAGGCAUUCGAGUGGUUCACCAAAGCCGCCAAUCAAGGAUACGCAGGUGCCCAGUUCAAUCUCGGCGUCUGCUAUGAGAAUGGCCAAGGUGUUGACCAAGACAAUGCCAAGGCUGUCGAAUGGUAUACUAAGGCCGCCGGUCAGGGGAAUGCAAACGCCCAGUUCGGCCUCGGCGUCUGCUACUACAAAGGCAACGGUGUCGCCCAGGACUACACCAAGGCAGCCGAGUGGUACAACAAGGCCGCCAAUCAGGGCAAUUGCAAUGGUCAGUUCAACCUCGGAAGAUGCUACUCCUACGGUAGUGGUGUCGCCCAGGACGAUGCACUGGCUGUUGAAUGGAUCACCAAGUCUGCAAGUCAGGGACAUUCUGCAAGCCAAGAAUGGCUUGAUAUUCGUAAUCAAUAUGCAAAUUCGAUUACUGGACGUAUAAACAAGUUUAUCGAGACCAAGCACGAUUUUGAGUUUCGCUUCUGGAUGAUCCCAUCUGUUAUUCUUUUGAUUGCAAUUCUGUGGAAUAUGAGUCAACCUUCAAAAUCCGCCUUGGAAAUCUCGUAAGCGACCCCCAACGAUACCAUCGGCGCUGUAUCAAAUCGUUUGACAUAGUCGAGCGAACGGCCCAAACAGGAAAUAUCCGCGUUCAGUUUCAGCCGCGCCAACUGCGACGAUGAAGGCAAUGGCGUCACCCAGGUCUACGCCAAUGAUGUUCAGUGGUAUACCAAGUUGGCCAAUCAGGGAUACCCAUGGUCAAGACAACCCGGCAUCUGCUACCGCGACGGCAAGGGUAUCUUUAAGGGUAACAAAACAGCCAGAUCCUGGUAUCAAAAAGCAGAUGCACAGGCCAACGGCUACGUCCAACCAGUCACAACAACCUCAUAGUUACACAUCCCUUCCGUGAACCUCCUUGCGCCAGUUGAACUUGCCAAUAUAGUCUUUCUCUACCAA